CCUGGAUUCAACUGGUCAGUCUGUGUCAUGGAAAGAGCAGGUGUUCCUAAUGUUUUGUACACUCAGUGUAUAUGCUAUCUAUAGUAUCUCCAUUGUGAGCUCUCCCCAGGCUGUCUGCUUUUUGUCACCAACAUCGGCCUACAUUGUCAGAGGGGGAAUCAUUUUAUUUAUUUUUUAAAGCUUUAACUCUUUUAAUGGAGAGGCAAAUAUCCAAAUGCAAAACAUUGCUUGUUUCUACAUAAACCAAACUCUUUGCUUAAAAAAUGAAGAAAAAGAUUUUGUGCAGACGCUCAGUCCCAUUUCUUUUUGUAAGCUGCUAUUUUCUGUCAUGUCCAUAUUCUUCAAACUGAGCCUCCUUUAUGGCCGCAGCCUUGCCCUACUACCAGAUCACAACCACGAUGACCCUCUCUGUAUUAAGGAAAGUUCCAGUACCCCAACGACCAGACACCUUCAGCCAUAUGACUAUACUCGGUCAUGGCUCUGUGUGUUACUUGCGCAUAGCAGUAUUUAUGUAUUUAUUUGUCAACUUUUGCCAGAUUUGGACAUGAGAGUACACCAAGCCCCACUCUUGAGGCAUAGCCUUGCCCUUUUCAAAUAGUGGCACUGUGACAGUGGUGGGAAACCAGAUUUCAGCUAUUACGUUCAUUUAGUAUGUUUACCUUGAUGUCUCUCCUCUGUUUUCCUAGCCAAACUCGCUGCAGCAGUAAGUGAGUGUAAUUUUAGCACCUAAAACCACCUUGCUUUUUCUAUUUUUACAUUGAGUGUUUUCAAUGUAUGUUGCUUUUCCAUGUGUCUAGCACUUCCUGUACAUUUUGUACAAAGACUUAAAUUACAGCUGUAAAAGCAGAGUGCUACACUGUCUGAGUAAAUGGGAUGGGAGGAUUUGCGCGUAGAUAAUGAGUUCACCCCGUCGAAGCCGAAUAUUCACUUACCAUAUGUGCUGGUGUUAGGUGAAUGAAAAAUGAAAGAACAAUAUAAAAAUGGUGACAAUGCCCAGUGGGUGGCUAUAGAAUGGCUUCUUCCAAAAACAACCCCAGGUCCUUAACCUCUUUGGGGUUUUCAGAUCUGAAGGGAUUGGAUAGGUGUAAAACUAGGUUAUUAUACUGUGAUUUUCACCUAGUCUUCCGAUUAGUCUAGGGGAGCUUCUGGGUUAUGUCGCUUACGCCUAUGCACUUAUUUCAGAACUGCAAAACUAGAGGGGUGAGGGGUUGUUUUUGGACAGAGUCUCGGAGACAAAGGCUCUCUAUAGCUCUAUGGUGUCCUGAAUUGAUGGUGUAUAGAUGAUCAUCAAUGGUGUGAGGCAGUUAUGAUCUGUUUGUCCAGUCAACUGUCAGCUUGAAAAACAAGAUCAGCAAACCUUCAAAAUGGCCUUCAUGGUAGAUAACAGUCUCUGUUGCAUGUUGCCACAGCCACAUAAGAUGCAACAUUUAGGAACUGGUCUGUUCUUCAGUAGCCUGACCUAUUAUAACUUUAAAACGUAAGUGUGGAGGAUGAAACUAGUCUUGUUGCUCUCCUGGUAAUUACUUGAACAAAGAACAAAACAGAUAUUUGAUCAGCUGAAUAGUAUUGUAUUACGAGGCCAAGACUGCAACUAAAGAGACUAAAUUCCCUGAUCACCUUUUCUUCAUCUGUACUGAUUUCAAAGAAUUGGAGCGAUCAUAGCAAAUGUCCAGUAGGCACUAGGCAGGUAUCCAACACAAUACAUUCACCUCUGUUAAGAUGAAGUAGAUGGAGGAUUUAAAAACUAUUUACAUUCAUCCCAUGUGAUGUGUAAAGAAGCAGGUUCAAUUGAGUGAAAGCACAAUCACAAUAGUCACUAUAGGGUCAUCAUGUGUCUGGGGGUAAGUGUGUCUUCAUUAUACAACAAUCUUCAUUAUACUCAAUCUGGCUAUUUUGCCUAACGUUGACUUUCUCAAGUUAAGACCAAAGUUCCUCGGAGCAACAAUAUUUUGAAGGCAGUGGACACCCGAUUUACUUUUUACUGUUGGUUGUAUCACAUCCUAGCCAAAAGAUGGAGCUAAUCACAAGCCCAAGCAUCAUCUUGGAAGAAAAAAAAGUUAUUUCGAAGUCCCGCCCACUGGUCCCCAAGACUGGUCGUCACUAGUUAACACAGCCACUAUGUCAUAAUUAUGACUAAACACCGCCCUUUUCUAAAAUGUAUCUAAUUAAAAUCUGAUUUUAAACCUAACCUUCACCCUAACCGCAUUGCUAACAUCAUGCCUAACCCUACAUUUAAAUUAAGACUAGCGUGUUUCCAAUAGACACAGCCACAAUCACAAAGUCAAAAUUGCCUAUAUCGUUAAAAAAAAUCAUUAAAAGAAAAUAGCUUUGGGGUGUUAUUGUAGUUAUAAGGCCGUGUGGUUAUGUUAAUAAAUCUGAUUUUAAGAAGAUCAAUUGUAUAAAUAUGCGGCAUUUAUGACUUGGUGCCUGUGUUAACUAGUGACGACCGCUGUAGCGGGCUUCAGGCUUUGCGGGUGAAAACAUGGCAGGCAUGAGUGCGACAGGUCCUCGGUCGGCCUCUGCCGGACCGGUUCAACAAGGACUUAAAGAAGCACUGAUUGAUACGUUAACGGCUAUCCUGUCCCCGGUUCAAGAAGUGCGAGCAGCCGCUGAGGAGCAAAUAAAAGUGUUGGAAGUGACAGAGGAGUUUGGAGUCCACCUUUCAGAGCUAACUGUGGAUCCUCAGGGAGCUCUGGCCAUUCGUCAGUUGGCCUCAGUCAUCCUGAAGCAGUAUGUGGAGACCCACUGGUGUUCCCUGUCUGAGAAGUUCAGGCCCCCAGAGACCACAGACCGGGCCAAGGCAGCCAUCAGGGAGCUUUUGCCUGGGGGUCUCAGGGAGGCCAUCAGUAAGGUGCGGUCCAGCGUGGCCUACGCUGUGUCGGCCAUCGCCCACUGGGACUGGCCCGAAGCCUGGCCUCGGCUCUUCACCCUUCUCAUGGACAUGUUGGUCAGCGGUGACGUCAGCGCAGUGCACGGGGCCAUGAGGGUCCUCACAGAGUUUACCCGUGAGGUGACAGAUACUCAGAUGCCUUUGGUGGCCCCAGUAAUUCUGCCUGAGAUGUACAAGAUCUUCACCAUGAUGGAGAUCUACAGCAUCCGUACCCGCUCCAGAGCCGUGGAGAUCUUCACCACCUGUGCCUAUCUUAUCUGUGCRAUAGAGGAGCUGGAGAAGGGUGCGGCCAAGGCCCUGAUCUUCCCCGUAGUGCAGCAGUUCACUGAGGCAUUCAUUCAGGCCCUGCAGAUGCCUGAUGGACCCUCCUCAGACAGYGGCCUCAAGAUGGAGGUCCUCAAGGCUGUGACUGCUCUAGUGAAGAACUUCCCCAAACCCAUGGUUUUGUCCAUGCAGCAGAUCCUGCCCAUCGUCUGGAACACCCUGACAGAGAGCGCUGCUUUUUAUGUCAGAACAGAAGUCAACUACACAGAGGAGGUAGACGACCCCGUUGACUCUGACGGUGAGGUUCUGGGCUUUGAGAACCUGGUGUUUAGUAUCUUUGAGUUCAUCCACACGUUGCUGGAGAACAGCAAGUUCAAGAGCACUGUGAAGAGGUCUCUGCCUGAGCUGAUCUACUACAUCAUUGUCUACAUGCAGAUCACCGAGGAUCAGAUCAAGGUGUGGACGGGCAACCCCCAGCAGUUUGUGGAGGACGAGGAUGACGACACCUUCUCCUACUCCGUCAGGAUCUCAGCCCAGGACCUGCUGCUGGCUGUGGCGACAGAGUUCCAGAACGAGAGUGCGGCAGCGUUGGCGGCGGCAGCGACGAGACACCUGCAGGAAGCAGAGCAGGCCAAGAACAGCGGCAACGAACACUGGUGGAAGGUCCAUGAGGCGUGUUUGUUAGCUCUGGGCUCAGUAAAGACCAUCAUCACAGAGAAUGUGAAGAGCGGCCGUGUUCAGUUUGAUAUGCACGGCUUCCUGGCUAACGUCAUCCUGGCUGACCUCAACCUCACAGCGGCCUCUCCAUUCCUGCUGGGCCGUGCCCUUUGGGCAGCCAGCCGCUUCACAGCAGCCAUGACCCCUGAGCUCAUCCAGCAGUUCCUCCAGGCCACCGUCAGCGGCCUGCACGACAGCCAACCUCCCUCGGUCCGCAUCUCAGCUGUACGCGCCAUCUGGGGGUACUGUGACCAGCUGAAGCUGUCCGAGAGUACCCAUGUCCUGCAGCCGUUCCUGCCUGCUGUUCUGGACGGGCUGGUGCAGCUGGCAGCCCAGUUCAGCUCCGAGGUUCUCACCCUGGUCAUGGAGACCCUGUGUAUCGUCUCCACCGUGGACCCAGCCUUCACCACCAGCGCAGAGAACAAGAUCUGCCCCCUCACCAUCGCCAUCUUCCUCAAGUAUAGUAACGACUCAGUGGUGGCGUCUCUGUCCCAGGACAUCUUUAAGGAGCUGGCCCAAAUCGAGGCUUGCCAGGGACCCAUGCAGAUGCGCCUCAUCCCCACCCUGGUCAGCAUUAUGCAGGCCCCCCCUGACAAGAUCCCCUUCGGCAUGUGUGCAACAGCCAUAGACAUCUUGACCACAGUGGUCAGAUGCACCAAAACCCCGCUCUCUGAGAUGCUGGUCUGCCAGGCCUUCCCUGUGGUGGCCCAGUGUACCCUCCGCACAGAUGACAACACCACCAUGCAGAACGGUGGUGAGUGUCUGCGGGCGUAUGUGUCGGUGGCUCUGGAGCAGGUGGGCCAGUGGAGGGACACGGAGGGCCACAGUGGUCUGUGGUACGUGAUGCAGGUGGUCAGCCAGCUACUUGACCCUAGGACAUCAGAGUUCACUGCUGCCUUCGUGGGCCGCCUGGUGUCUACGCUGAUCGCCAGCACCGAGCUGGGAGAGCAGCUGGACCAGAUCCUCAGAGCCAUCCUCAGCAAGAUGCAGCAGGCCGAGACACUCAGUGUCAUGCAGUCUCUGAUCAUGGUGUUUGCCCACCUGGUCCACUCUCAGCUGGAGCCUUUGUUGGAGUUCCUGUGCAGUCUGCCGGGCCCCACAGGGAAACCGGCCCUGGAGUUUGUCAUGGCCGAAUGGAUGAGCCGACAGCACCUCUUCUACGGACAGUAUGAGGGCAAAGUCAGUACGGUAGCCCUGUGUAAGCUUCUGCAGCACGGCCUCAACACAAACGACAAGCGUCUCCAGGACAUCGUUGUCAAGGGUGAGGAGGUCUUCGGCCCUGACGAGGGCAUCCGCACACGCUCCAAAUCUGCCAAGCAUCCAGAGAAGUGGACCAACGUUCCGUUGCUAGUGAAGGUCUUUAAGUUGAUUGUCAAUGAGCUGUCAUCAGUGGUGGAGGCCAACGCAACCAGAGCUGCCGCAGCAGACUGGAGUCCAGAUUCAGUACGAAUGUGGGAGGAAGAGGAGGAGGAGGAGGAGGAUGAUGAGGAUGAAGGGCUGACCGGGCAGCUUCUCUCUGACCUCAUCGCUUCCAACAAAUAUGAUGAAAACUACUAUGAGGAGGAUGAUGAGGAGGAUCCAGAUGCCUUGAAGGACCCCAUAUAUCAGAUAGACCUCCAGGCCUACUUGACAGAUUUCCUGACUCAGUUUUCCCAGUCUCCGUGCUACAGCAUGUUCUCUGGCCACCUCAACGAUGCUGAGAGGAGAGUCCUGCAAUCUAUCAGCAUCUAAACCUGCCCCCAUCAUCCCCUUUCCUACAUCAACCCUACCAUCACUCUCUCGUUCAAUCCCUCUCACCAACCAAUUACCAACCCCUGAGUGGGGGAAAGGCUCUGAUUGGCCAGGUGGUUGUUGAUGCUUUACCUCCAUCUCCAACAGAGGAACAUGGACGGACGGGGGAGAAGAGACAGACUUGCACUUACCCAUGAGAGUCUUCUGACUGAAAGGAUGGCCAGGAAAAGACUGCAGAUUUGGGAAGGUUGAGGUUAGAUUUAGGGGAGUGAGGGACACCCAGGUUUGUUCCGAGAUAGGACUGGGAGACCGUUGUGGAGUGACCUCCUUAGUGUCUCCUCGCUCCUCUGCCCUAUUGGACUUGUCGGGGAYGUUGGGAUGUGAGUUGAUGUUUUACAAUGGGAGAAGCAGGCAGGGCAACUAUGAUAUAUGAACUCUGUCUUUACUGUGUCCCGUUUUUAACUCAACCCACUUAUUUUUGUGCGUCUGU